AUGGAUAGCACAAAUAUAGCCACGGCCCUGAGUCUCCGGCGUCCCUUAAAUGGGUCAGGGGUGCGAAGAAUCUCCGGAGGGGAUCACGAACAAAAACAACGACACAGGCUAAAAAUUGGAACAUGGAACGUAAGGAGUCUUAAACAGCAUGGGAAACUACAUAAUGUCAUUAAAGAAAUGAGGCGCCUAGAAAUUGGGGUGUUGGUGAUACUAAAUGGCCAGGAAACGAUCGAUACAAGACCACAGAGGGCGAAGUACUUGUACUACUCGGGUAAAAAUGGCUCAACCGAACCUUAUGGAGUGGCAGUCCUGCUCACCAAAGAAACUGCUCAAGCCGUUCGCGGUUUCAUACCACAUUCCAACCGAAGUAUGCUGUUAUGUCUGGAAGCUAAACUGCAGAACAUAAAUAUCAUACAAGUGUAUGCCCCGACAGCCGACAAACCCCAAAACGAAUUUGAUGAAUUUUACGCGGAAGUUAGGAAUCUUUUACAAUACACGAAGAAACAUGACAUAAAUAUUAUAAUGGGAGAUCUAAACGCAAAGGUGGGUUCAGGGGAGGUACCAGGAGUGAUCGGACCUUAUGGAUUAGGGGUAAGAAAUGAACGGGGCGAAGCGCUCAUUGAGUUCUGUCAAGAACAUGAACUCGUAGUCACGAACACCCUGUUCAAACAUCACCCAAGGAGGCUCUACACAUGGACCUCACCAGCGCAUACACCAGAUCACAUAGCUCGCAACCAGAUAGAUUACAUAGCGAUAAAUAGUCGUUUCAAAAAUUCGAUUAAAAGUGCUCAAACCUAUCCUGGUGUUUUGGUAUCAACUCUGACCACAACCCCGUUAUAG